CUGCGGGAGGCGGCGGCGCUGGGGGACGCGGAGGAGGUGCGGAGGCUGGUGGAGCUGGGGGUCAGCCUCAACUCCCAGAACGAAGUCAACGGCUGGACUUGUUUGCACUGGGCAUGUAAACGGAACCACGCUGCAGUGGUGGCUUACCUGCUGCAGGCCGGCGCUGACAAGGAGAUCCUCACAAAGAAAGGAGAAAGGCCAGCCCAGUUAACGUCAAAGAGAGAGAUAAGGAAGAUGUUGGGAGUGGAAGAUGACGAACUCCCAGACUUAAGGAAAGAUUCGGAUCUGACAAUCAUCCCCAAUUAUCUGGCUAACCCACCUUUCCCUUAUGUUUAUAACACCAUGAGUGACAGUAUUCCAGAUCCCUCCGUGAAUGGGAGUGUCUCACACUUGGAAUCGCAAGAUAGCAACUCUUCUUCCUUAUCUGAUGUGGAGACUGACAGACGUGCGCCGUUACCACAUGGGAACGCUGCUCCUGGGGAAGCUGGUAACGGGGGGCUGCCAUCGCUGCCCAGAGCGGGUGCUGCACCCCCGCACUCCAAACCCAUCCUUCAGAGGGGUCCAGUUUACCAGCGCUCUGUGUCUUGGAGCAGAAGUCCCCCUUCACCGGUUGGAUCACAUCAGUCUGUACCUCAGCAGGAGAAUGGUUCCUGUAUGGGGCCUGUGCCAGCAUUUCAGCCGGUUUUCUUCACAGGAGCUUUUCCACUUAAUAUGCAAGAACUGGUGCUUAAAGUUAGAAUACAAAACCCUAAUCUUAGAGAAAAUGACUUCAUUGAAAUUGAACUGGACAGACAAGAACUGACCUAUAAGGAACUGCUCCGAGUGAGUUGCCGUGAGCUGGGUGUUAAUCCUGAGCACGUACAGAAGAUCAGAAAAUUACCAAAUACAAUGUUAAGAAAGGACAAAGAUGUGGCAAGGCUACAGGACUUCCAAGAACUGGAGCUUGUUCUAACAUUUCUUUGGAAACUACAGCAACCAAAGGAUUUUAUGGUCUUGAGUAAGAAUUUGCAGUCCGAGUUAGCUGUACGCUGUAUGUGGCCCUGUGAAUGGGAGCUGUGGGCGUAGCAUGCUGAGCAGGGAGCCACCCAACUAGCUGGAGGAGAUGCUGAGGCUAGAACUGCACCUGAAACCCAUACCGCCCCCGUGAGUCCCUCUGACUGGAGCUGGGUAUCCCCCACAGCCCUGUCUCCUUUCUCCGAGGCUGUGGCAGGGAAAGAAAGAAGGUGAUUCUUCCCCUGCAGUCAGAGGGGUCACCUGUACUACAGCUCAUGCAACAGGACUCGGUGCCCAGCUUCACCCCUGCUCUCUCUUUCCCAUCCAGUGACUAGCACUCUGCAAAGGGAGCAGCUUCAGCAGCAGUGACUGAGCACACAAGAGGGAGCCCUCUCCCAAUCUGCCUUGUAGUCGGAUGUCCAGUGUUCACCUGGAAGCACAGAUCCAUGCAAACACCCAAACUUCCUGUGUGCCAAUUAACUAGACUGAAGCUCAGUCUCCUAAGACUAAUAGUAGAACAUUUUGUCACAAUAAAAUAUCCUCUUCU